AUGUUCUUUCUGAGGUGCAAAAGAGGGGGCAACUUGAGAUUACUCUCGCGGAUCUUCACCUCUGGGACUGAGCAUAACCUUUGUCGUCCCUUUGGGGAACACAAACCAGGCGUAACCGGUCUGCAAUACAAAGAAACAACUGCCAGCAAAACUGUUUUACAACGUCUCACCAAUCUUCUCUUCUACACAAUAUCUGAAGGACAAGAACAGCUGCCGGUCAACAAGUUUAUUAACACUCUAACAUCGAAUGGAUUGCUUUCAUCAGACCCAAGGCUGAGGGACUGCAUGGACAAGCUUCAUGAAAAUAUACAAGAGUCUUUCCAGGGAGCAACCAUGGACCUAGAGGUUUUUCAAAAGUGUGUCCAAAGUAAUAUUGUGCUCCUGACUCAGGUUGUCUGUAAAAAGUUUGUGAUUCCAGAAUUUGAACAGUUCACAUUACACAUAAACCGGCUGUAUGAGAAUGCCCGCACUAUAAAAGAGGGAGAAGUGGCUAACUACAUUCCACAGCUUGCCAAAGUCAGUCCUGACAAAUGGGGAGUGUCACUUUGCACUGUAGAUGGACAAAGGCACUCAGUGGGGGACACCAAUAUCCCAUUAUGCCUGCAGUCCUGUGUGAAGCCUCUUAAAUAUGCGAUUGCUGUUACUGACCUUGGUACAGAUUACGUCCAUCAGCAUGUGGACAAGGAGCCCAGUGGUCAUCGGUUCAACAAGCUGCAACUGAACCAAGAAGAUAAACCCCACAACCCAAUGGUAAAUGCCGGAGCAAUUGUUGUUGCAUCAUUGAUUAAACAAGGUGCAAACAAGGCGGAAAAGUUUGAUUAUGUUAUGCAGAUUCUGAAAAGGAUGUCAGGAAAUGAAUUCAUUGGCUUCAACAAUUCAACGUUUCAGUCCGAAAAGGAGACAGGAGAUCGAAAUUAUGCUAUUGGAUAUUAUCUCAAAGAAAAAAAGUGCUUUCCGUCCAGCGCUGACAUGGGGGUCGCUCUGGAUUUGUAUUUUCAGCUUUGCUCCCUUGAAGUGACUUGUGAGUCGGGGAGUGUGAUUGCUGCCACUUUAGCUAAUGGUGGUAUCUGCCCCAUCACAGGAGAGCAGGUCCUAAGUGCGGAAGCAGUGAGGAACACCCUGAGUCUUAUGCAUUCCUGUGGCAUGUAUGACCUAUCUGGACAGUUUGCCUUUAAUGUGGGAUUACCUGCCAAAUCUGGCGUGUCAGGAGCCAUCUUGUUGGUGGUGCCUAACAUAAUGGGAGUUUUCUGUUGGUCUCCUCCUCUGGACAAAAUUGGAAACAGUGUACGAGGAAUUCACUUCUGCCAAGAACUGGUUUCUGUCUUCAAUUUCCACAAUUAUGACAACUUAAGGCACUGUGUAAGAAAACUUGAUCCCCGCAAGGAGAGAAGUGAAAAACAGCAGAAAACAGUGGUGAACCUUCUUUUUGCUGCCUAUAGUGGUGAUGUCUCCGCUAUGAGGAGGUUUGCGUUGUCUGCAAUGGACAUGGAGCAAAAAGAUUAUGAUUCCAGGACAGCUCUACAUGUAGCAGCUGCUGAAGGGCACUUGGAAGUAGUUAAGUUCCUCUUAGAAGGCUGCAGAGUGAACCCCUAUGUAGAGGACAGGUGGGGUAACACCGCUUUACAAGAUGCAAUCAGGUUUGAGCAGCAAGACGUUGCAAACUUGUUGAUGCAAUAUCAAGAUAGCUAUACAAGCAGCCUGAAGAGAACAGAAGAUGAGCGGAGACAGAUGUCACUGGAAAAUUUAGAGAGUAUGGUGUAGUCCAUUCUAUGACGGGCUCUCUUAAUAUCAUAUUGGCCUUGCACAUAUGACAGCAAAACAUUCAGAUUUUACCAUUUACCUCUAUACUAGAGGGGGACAAUGAAUUUGCAUCUGCACAAUGUUUGCUCUGCUGUGUUUUGUUGUUGAAUCUUGUAGCGCUUGAGACCUAAAGGAUAGAAAUCACUGUGUGGCUGGGGAACACGCAAUCUGUAAAUAAGAGCGCCUCAUCUAAUUGCACUGGACACAAGACAUGUUAUAAAUAUAUUGUCACCCUAGUUAGGUUUGACCUUUAUGAAAUGGAAGCAUGAAGUUAUAUUAUAUGUAGAACAUAUUUUUGUAUCCAAGCUAAGAAAGUUUGUCAUGUUCCGAAGUAUAGAUAUAGACCCAGCCAUUUGGUGCCUAAACAGAAUGUCUUGAAGAUGGUGAUAAAAGUGGGCAUUUUCUAUAAAUACCAACCUGUCCAGUCAGUAUUACUGACUGUUAAUAUAAUAAAAAAAAAAAUCUAUAUUAA